UAUUUUUCCAUCCAGAUUUUCUACCCUUAAUUAAAUAAAAAAACACCUUGCUUACCUUAUGUUUUCUCUUAACAUGGGAAACAAUUUACUAUCCAUCAUUCUGGCUAUGAUGCUGGCUGUAACCAUGCCACAGUUGCUAAUGUCUCAAAAUUGUGGUUGUGCUCCCAACUUGUGCUGUAGUCAGUUUGGCUUCUGUGGCACCGGUGAUGCUUAUUGUGGCCAAGGAUGUCGAGAGGGACCUUGUACCCCUAGCACGCCUAGUAACAAUGAUGUUACGGUGGCUGACGUUGUUACACCGGAAUUCUUCAACGGUAUAAUCAAUCAAGCCGGUGGAGAUUGUGCCGGGAAGAGCUUCUACACACGAGAUGCGUUUCUCAGUGCUCUCAAUUCUUAUUCUCAGUUUGGCAAGAUUGGAUCAAAUGACGAUUCCAAACGUGAGAUUGCAGCAUUUUUUGCUCACGUCACGCAUGAGACCGGACACUUCUGCUACAUAGAAGAAAUAAACGGUGCCUCUCAUGACUACUGUGAUGAGACCAAUACACAGUAUCCAUGCAACCCGAACAAGAACUACUUUGGCCGUGGACCUCUUCAACUAACAUGGAAUUACAAUUACGGGGCGGCUGGAGGGGCAAACAACUUUGAUGGACUAAACUCUCCCGAAACUGUGGCCAAUGAUCCUGUUGUAUCAUUUAAGACUGCCUUAUGGUUUUGGAUGACUAAUGUCCGCCCUGUGGUCACUCAAGGAUUUGGUGCAACGAUUAGAGCCAUUAAUGGUGCAGUUGAAUGUAAUGGUGGAAAUUCUGGUGCUGUUCAAGCUCGAAUUGGGUAUUACACAGAUUAUUGUAACCAGUUUGGCGUUGCACCUGGCGAUAAUCUAAGUUGUUAGGUUACAUUAGGCAUAUCAUAGUAUAGUAAUGAAAUAAAAUGGAAUCUACCUUUUGCCAUUUCUCGAAUGUAAGGUGGGAUACCCAGUGGUGCUCUGUAACUCUCGAUCGAGUUCGAUGUAUUUCAUGGAAUGGAUUUUACAAAUAAAUAAAAGAAUUAAUAAAGACAUAAUUGAUUUUGCUUAUAA